CGGCUUCUUUAUUAUUUUCCCUAAAAGAGUGGUGCUAGUGACUGCCUCCUCAGCUUCCCUCCCCCCCGUCACGCACACGAUCAUGCAACAAAAGAGCCAGUAGAGGAUACAGAUCCCAGCACUCUUUCCUUAACAAUGACUGAAAAAUAUCCUGUCCAAGACACCGGAGUACCUAAAGAUGAGGAAUACCAAACAGAUCAAGUUACAUUGGAAAUUGCAUCUGUGAACAUCAGGAGUCUUACGUCAGAUUCUGGCCUAGUCCAGCAGCCAGAAGACAAAGACACUCAAAACCAUUCUGACAAAUCGCUUUCAGAUCUCAAGAAAGCCUGCAAAGAAAAUAGUACCUGCUCCUUGUGCUUAUUCCAUGCACCGACCAUCAGUGACAUGCUCAAUGACGAGGACUUGUUGUACACAGUGAGGCUAAAGCUGGAUCCCUGCCACCCAACAGUGAAAAACUGGAGGAAUUUAGCAAGCAAGUGGGGGAUGACUUACGAUGAAUUGUGUUUCCUUGAACAGAAGCCUCAGAGUCCCACCUUGGAGUUUUUGCUACGAAAUAGUGACAGGACUGUGGAGCAGCUGAUUGAGCUCUGUAAAUUUUAUAAGAGAAUUGAUGUUGUGAAAGUGCUACUGAAGUGGGUGGAGGAGGAAUGGCCCAAGAGAGGAAAAAGAAGUUACCAGAACGACUUGUAGGUCAAAGAAAGUGUUAGUUCCUGCUUGUUAUAUGUUGGAACUAGCUGCAACUAGUAGAUGGGAAGUUUCUCUUGUGACAGAGAGACGGUCUGUGCUGGCAGUCUGUAUACUGUGUAAGCUUUUGUACUGUAUACACAUAUGUAUGGUCUGUGCCCUCAGGGUUGUAAAGGUAACCUUUCAAAAGUGGGUAGAAUAAUGCAGGUUGUGUUUUUGAGUCUACAAAUGCUUAUUUUCUUCGCUGCUGUUUGUAGGCUUCAUAAGCAGAAGAUUGAAAAAGCCAGACCACUGGUAUAAUUGCAGCAGUUGUGAGCCAUGUCAGUCAGUUGUGUGGUGUUGCUGCUGGGAAAGCUGCAAUUAGAAGGCAAGUCUCUUAGCUUUUCUGAUAGCCUUUCCACAGUUUUUGUGUUCUUCCUGCUAGAAGACAAGAGGAUAUUUCUUUUCUUUCUAAUUUUUAGGCUUUGUGACACUGUAUUUGGCACAGACACGACUUGAUUGUCCAAGCAGCAGUUUGGAUUUCCAUGUUUGAAUUAACUAAAUGUUUGAACAUCGCAUUCAGGCAAAAUUAAAUUGAGUUUCUUUUUACAAACAGGACUAGAUGUUAAAAUAAUUGCAUGUUUCUACAUCAUAGGGUAUAUUUCCUAUGAAGAAAUCAUCUAGUUCAGAAAUACUUUCCAGCCCAUAAAUGCCCUUCACCCAAAUAAACUAAUUCAGAAAACCCCACCACAAUUAAAAUGCUUUAUAGUUAAAAUUAGUUUCCAUAGUUUGGAAUAAACUGUUCACUCUGAGCAUUCCUUGAUAUUUUGCUCAAAUGCCUCUAAUUUUGCAGUAUGAGGCGAUAGGGAAUGUCUCACCCACAGUGCAUCCUUAGUAUCAGAACAAGUGUAACUUCCUUGUUCAUAAACUGUGGUUUUCUUGACAGCUUUCCAGUUGUCUGAUCUACUUUCUGUCCUAUACCAAAGUGGUUGUACGCUUCCAUGAAAGUAGACCAAGUUUAUGUAUUGAUUAAAGCCACUGUAGUGGGAAAUCCGCAGGUGGAUUUGCCUACGGAUCUAAGUGGAUGGCCAUUAAAGCACCUCUGUUGGUUUAGACUGAUAUGUAUCAAAGACUGUUGAUAUACUGAAAUACACUGUUUACAAUGAAGAUAUUUCUAGAAUUUUGUUACCAUUCUUUGGUAUUCUAAUGGUUUAAAAAAAAUACUGAAAACUGAAAAAUCCAUUGUAUAAUAGGCUGUAUAAAGUACUUAUUGCUGAAAUGCCACUUACACCAAUGUUGUUACUUAAAUAUUUCUAGCUGUCACCCUUACUAUAACAUCUCAGAUGAUACUAAUAUGUACAUAGAUGUAUGUAAUGUAGCAGUGGUGAACAGUAUGUCAAGAUGCUGGGCAAAAGUAGAGUGGGGCAUGGAUGAUGUACUGUUCACUUCACCCAAGUAGGAAUUAAUGGCACAGCUGAGGAAAGUCUGUCAGGUUGCAUUCUGAGUUUCUUAUAGGUACUGGCACAAAAGGUUACUGAGGAGUUAAAUGUAAAGACUAACUUUUGGUUUCAAGCACCAGUUAGUUCUGGGGAUGAUCUAAAUUAGCUUUUCUGCAGUGUCCUCAAGAAACUGAAGAUCUAGUUGCAAGGUAAGAGGAGUGACCUACAGUUGAUGUUUGAGUUUUUAUUUUUUUUUUAAAGAUUGUGGGAAACUGGAGUUUUGACAACUAUUUGUAUAUAACUUUAAUCAUUCCUCAGAAAAGCUGCUACUCUUCAGAACAGUAUGUUUUCUAGCCAUAUUUUUAAAGUGGAAGAUUUUUUGCUCUGUUUUGAAGGGGCUGCAGUUCCAAUGCUUCACUUUCGUUGUCUUCCGAUGGAGUCUUCUGAUAGAUGUGUGAACUCUUGCUGCUCAUCUUCUGCCUUUAGUUAGGGGUUCUGGAAUCAGCUUUAAGGAUUGCUACUGUGGCUAGGUUCUCUGCUAGUUUCAAUUUGUACAGAGGUAUCCACUGUGUACAUGCAAAUUGCCCAUAUGCAGCUUGUCCAACAUAAUCCCUGUACCUUGGGCCCACCGCAUGCAUGAUUUAUGAUCAUGUGUCUGUGUCUUAAGAAGCUCUUAUGAGUGAUGAGGACUGGCAUGUCUACCCACAGCUUUUUUUCUCCUGUAACCUAGUACAGUUAUAUGCACAUGGUAGUGCAGUAUGCUUUGCUGUGGAUGCAGUCCAUUAAGGAAUCUAGCUGAAGCCCUUAUAUGAUGGCUCACAAAUGGGAACACGCACUGAUGCAGUAUCAUUUCUGAAUCAGGAAGUCCAACUGAAAUCUACUCUUUUUCCCGUUUUCUGGCUACAGUUUGUAAGCUUUUGAACAAACACUGUUGCCUGGUGGAAGCUAAUUUUGAUCCUCUGGAACUCUUGAAAAAUCAAUGUCAGCUGCAAGGAUUCAUAUUGAAAAUAAAGCUGCUUUUGAGAGUUUAUAUGAGGGUUCUGUGUGAGUUCAGCACUGAAGGCUGAAAGCGUUAGCAUUUAACUUCAUCACACACUGGGUAACUCAUUUGUAUACUUGAAAUAUUUUUUCAUCUUUGUAUGGCAUGAAUUGAGGUGUACACAAUUUUUUUUUAGUUUUGUAUCUAUUUACAAGAUACUGAGUCUGAGUGUUCACUUUAAGCAUUCUUGUAUCUUUUGUUAUAAUGUAUACUAUGUUUAGAAAAAAUAUAGUUUAUCAGUAA